CAGACGUUGCACCCGAGUGUACAGUCUGAGAGAAGACGAGGGGAGAGGAGAGGAGUCACGCGCAAGGAAGUCUGAGAUGCCACGAUCCCCAUCCUAAAUCGCCCUUUCCUGUCUUCGCGCAUUGUGGGUGCAGUGGAUGAUCAGAUCGACGCUCCUGUAGAAUCUGAUCCACGGUGCAGUUAUGACUGAGCACUCGCCCGCUCUCUCAGGUAUUGCCGCGAUCUGUCGUCACUCCUAAGAAACGCGUGGGGAGAGGAAUUCUUAAGACGAUCUUCUGGGCCUCGGAGCUCAUUGUCGUCUGAGAGUUUGGUCGAUACGAGAUCGUCCCUAGAGUCGUCUUUGGUUGAGAAUUCAGUGGUCGAUCGACUGAGCUCGGAGCCUCGGUGGAAGUCGUCUGGCUGCAGUGAAGGAGGCAUUCCUGAGUACAGCUCUGUGAAUCUGUGCAUCUGAGCAGAAUGGCUUCUGAGACACCAAUUGCUGAAACUAUGGAAAAGCUACACAUUGAGGGUGCGAGUCAUCAUGAUGAGAAGAGUUUAAGCGCUGGUGAUGAGCACAAGGAGAAGAAGGAGAAGAAGGACAAAAAAGAGAAGAAGGAGAAGAAGGACAAGGGUGAGGGAGAAGAAGGCGAGGAGAAGAAGGAGAAGAAGGACAAAAAAGAGAAGAAGGAGAAGAAGGACAAGGGUGAGGGAGAAGAAGGCGAGGAGAAGAAGGAGAAGAAGGAUAAAAAAGAGAAGAAGGAGAAGAAGGACAAGGGUGAGGGAGAAGAAGGCGAGGAGAAGAAGGAAAAAAAGGAGAAGAAGGAGAAGAAGGACAAGGGUGAAGGGGAAGGCGAGGAGAAGAAGGAGAAAAAGGAGAAGAAGGAGAAGAAGGACAAGGGUGAAGGAGAAGAGGGCGAGGAGAAGAAGGAUAAGAAGGAUAAGAAGGAGAAGAAGGACAAGGGUGAAGGAGAAGAAGGCGAGGAGAAGAAGGAGAAAAAGGAUAAGAAGGAGAAGAAAGAUAAGGGUGAGGGAGAAGGUGAAGAGAAGAAGGAGAAAAAGGAUAAGAAGGACAAGAAAGACAAGGGUGAGGGAGAAGGUGAAGAGAAGAAGGAGAAAAAGGAUAAGAAGGAGAAGAAGGACAAGGGUGAAGGAGAAGGUGAGGAGAAGAAAGAGAAGAAAGAAAAGAAGGAGAAGAAAGACAAGGGUGAGAAGGAAGGUGGCGAGAAAAAAGAAAAAAAGGAGAAGAAAGAGAAGGCAAGCGAUGAAUGAAGGCAGCAAGUAGCUUCUUUAGUUUUGACAUUCUUCAGCUCAGCAGGAGUUUCGAGAGUGUCUUCGAUCAGUUGAUGAGAAUGGAUCAUCAUUCGUUUGUAAAGAGAGGCUACCACGGCCACCAGGAAAAGAGUACACACUAGGAUAGAGAUCUGAGCUUACAUAGGUUAUACAAAUUUGUAAAUAUGCACAAGUGUAGAAACUGAGGGGAGGUUUUGGAUCUGACUGUAGAAAUUGUGGAAACAGUCAGUUUAGUGUUAGAUGGGUUGACAAGUCUGGAGACGUAGAUUCCUUGGUGGAAAUGUAGUCGUCUUUGUUCUUUUUGAUGUCGAAAUGAAUACAAGCUUUUGCCGGUGGUAUAUUUGUCCGAUGCGACUGGACUGUUUCUAAUGCAAGUGUUUGGAUUCGUCGAAACGCAUGGAAGUCUAAUUAUGCCCAAGAUUUACAAUUACAACGAUAAAGUUGAACCAAAGCUCCUGCAUUAAGACACUUGCCAAAGUUGUCAAACUAUUGAGAUUUCCGUGUU